UGACAAACUCCCUGUAGAACUCUUAGUCUAAAGGUGUAAAUUAUUCGAUAAAUAAGUCCUUAUCGAAAAUAUCUUCAAUUUUUGGCUUUGAUUGGAGUAUAUCAGAGUAAAUAAAGUAGGGUAUAAUGUUAUUUAUAAGUUACAAUUAAAAUUUAAGGAAGCAGCAUUGCACUUAUAACAUUUCAGCCUAGUAACAAAUUUUUACAUUACAUCAUCACAAUAUGAGAAUUUGGAACUCUAAUUAAUAAGGGUUUCUACUAGUUAUUCAGGAAAAGGUAGGAUCUACAAAAAAUAAAAUAAUCUGUCGAAAUACUAGAUUGCUGCCGAUGACCCUAUCCUAAUCUAAAUCUACCAAGAUUUUAUCAAGGCAGUCAUACUAUGUUAAUACUCGUUCCUUAAGAUUACAAUGCACUCCAAUGAUAUAGGGAACAGAAGCAUGAAGUGUAUCUAAGAUUUCUGCUGGUAAAUAAGGUAUAUAAAUGCAUCUCCAUUAGAGAGGAUAAAUAAAUUGUAGAAAUGCCUCGGUAAUAAUGGCUAAGUCCCAAACCUAAGUUGUAAAUAAAAUGA